AUGGGUGUCGCUGCAACCAAAGUAGUUUGCUCAGAUCUUUCUCAAGCUUGCAUUAACGCCGAGAGAAAUGGAAUAUCGCGUCUUGAUCCGGACCUUAUUUGCCAGUCUGAUGCUUUUGUCAAAGCUGCAAAAGCAUUGUUGAAGCAACUGCCCGUUCAACUGAAAGCCCGACCUAGCAGAACAUUGCUCGCCAGCGAACGCUUAGAUACCAUACGUCUUCCUGAGGAACUAGAGGCAGAGUUUCGAAUAUGGAGAGAAGAUCCGCAAAUGUUCCACCUUUCCCUAGCUGAGCGCAUUUCUAGCCCUCCCACAGUAACCCGCCUCCAAAUUCCCCCGAUCGCGGAAGUUUAUAUCCGCUGCUCAGAAGCCGACUGCACAGCGACUUUGGAAAGUGUUCGACUACGUUUUUACUGUGUUAUUUUCUAUGACCUCAAAGAGGAAAUCACUCCAAAUCAACCACUCACUUCUGAGAUAUUGAAUCUUAUUACCGCUGCGAUCGGGAAAACCGGUGCCGUGGAUGGGUUUAAUGAGACCAAAACCCGCAAGAAGAUCAAGGAAUGGAUCAAAGCUGGUGCUAAAUUUUCAAGCCUGGCUAAAGAUCUUAAUGGUCGCGGUGCCCUUUUUUCACCACUUUAUCGAAGUCUCACGUUCUAA